UUUAAAACACAAACGGUGUCCGUGAACGCAGCACAAUCCGGCCAGCAGCAGCCAAAUUAUUCAGACUAUACGGGGAAAAACUGAGAGGAAGUGGACUGCAAGAGAUGUUGGACGUAGCACUGGAAAUGUUAGCUGUUUGUAGCAACAUUUAAGGAUAUUUUAGCCUUGAUAGAGUAAAUAAUUACCCCGGAGGAGCUCAUGUCGCCCCUUGUGCUGUAGCUACCAGCAGUUAGCUGCGCUGCAGACAGCUACAUUUAGCCACUGCAGUUUCUUAUCAACACUUUUCUUAGUUUUUAUAACUGCUUCUUGGUCUUAGCAGUGUCGGAAAUUUGAAGGGGCAUGGAUUUCCCUGGUCACUUUGAGCAGAUAUUUCAGCAGCUGAACUACCAGCGAGUCCAUGGCCAGCUGUGCGACUGCGUCAUCGUGGUGGGAAACCGACACUUCAAGGCCCACCGGUCGGUGCUGGCGGCUUGCAGCACCCAUUUCAGGGCGCUGUUCACGGUCGCAGAGGGAGAUUCGAGUAUGAACAUGAUCCAGCUGGACAGCGAGGUGGUGACAGCCGAAGCAUUCGCUGCUCUGGUGGACAUGAUGUACACGUCGACACUGAUGUUGGGAGAGAGCAACGUCAUGGAUAUCCUCCUCGCUGCCUCGCAUCUGCACCUAAACAACGUGGUCAAGGCUUGCAAGCACUACCUAACCACGCGCACGCUGCCUAUGUCCCCCUCGUCGGAGAGAUCCACCCACCACCACCCUCAGCAGGAGCAGCAGAGACACAGACAGCAGCAGCAGCAGCAGCAGCAAGCUGCAGACUUGGCUGCCAACCCCAGUCUGGCACCUAACCCCAAUCUCGCAGCGAGCGCCGCCACCUCAAAGCUGCAGCGCUCCUUCUUGCUGCAGCAGCUGGGGCUCAGCUUGGUGAACUCUGCCCUGGGGGGGAUUGAGGAGGACAGAGUCGGAAACAGAUUUGUGGAACAGAGGGCGUCUUUCCCAGCCCGACGCCUCCACAAACGUAAGCCCUCGCACGUCCUGGGACUUUCAGAGGACCGACCCAGACAGAGGCAGCGGCCGUCCGGCCCCAACCUGGGCUUGAUGGGAGAAGGCGCGGGGAAUGCAGACCAAGAGGAGGGGGCACUUCUCUCACCUGACUCCCACAAGAUGGGGGAUGAAUCCAAAGUGGACGCUGCAAUCACUGGCUUCGUGUCUCAAGAUGACCCUCAGAUGCCGAGUCAGUCAGACAGCGGACGCUGUGAAGGGGAGAAUGUGGGGAGGGUCCAGGGAGGAGUGAGUAAGGAAGAGGACAUGGGGGAUCAGGACCAUCAGGACAACACAGCAGGAGUCAAGGUGAAAUCGGGGAUUGAGGAAGAGGAGGCUGAGGAAGAGGAGCAGAAGGUGGUGGUGAAGCGGGAGCCGCUCAGUUCCCCCGAGCCGGUGGAUGAAAACAGCGACGUGACUUCCCAGGCGGAAGGUAGCGACCCACCAGAACCGGGCUGCCAGGAAGAGGAGGAGAAGGUGGAGCUGAGCCCAGAGAGCAGCGAUCGCAGCUUCACCUCCGAGCCCCAGCCCAGCUCCGACCCUCUCCUCCAAUCCAACGCCCAGCUCCUCCUCAAGAGCGCCAUGGCGGGGGGCCCCGGGGUCCCGGGAGGCUUCGGCUGUAAUAACGGAAUGAGCGGAAAACCCACUUUCAACAUUUCUAGCUUCCUCAGCCCCAAGGAUUUCGGGAGAGGAGGUCCGGGGCUGGUUGCCGGGGACGAUGACCUCCCCAACACGACGACCGGGGAUGCCGUUGCACAUCACUUUCUGCUGAGACAAGAAGCUGCUGGAGCCGCCGGCUCCGGUCCCUCGUCUCUCCUCCCGUCAGGUCCGCUCGGCGGCGAGAGCAGAAACAGCUAUGGGGAUAACCUGCAAGCUGAUUCUCUGUUCCUCCGCCCCCCACAUGAUGUGUUAGGAAACCCCAGAGGAGGUGGCGGCAGCGCGAGCGGAGGACACGGAGGAGUCGAUCCAUUUAGUUUGGACUUCCAGCACUCCAGUCUGGGGCUCCACUCCCUGGGGCGGCCCCCGAGAGGGGCGGGAGGGGCGGCCGCUCUGGGCUAUCCCGGCUUCAGGCGGAUCGCUCCCAAGAUGUCCGGCGGCGUGGGAGGAGACGGAGGAGCGGGGGGGGUUCUUCAGGACUCUGCGUCCUCUUCGUCGCAUCUGGCCGGUCCCCUGCUCCUCAACGAGAGCGGCGGGUACGACAUGAGCGGCGGCGGCAGGCCCACGUCGCUCCCGCCGCAGCUCACCCGGGCUUCGGCAGACGUUCUCUCCAAGUGCAAGAAGGCCCUCUCGGAGCACAACGUCCUGGUGGUGGAAGGGGCGCGAAAGUACGCCUGCAAGAUCUGCUGCAAAACCUUCCUCACCCUGACCGACUGCAAGAAGCACAUCCGCGUGCACACGGGAGAGAAGCCGUACGCUUGUCUCAAGUGCGGCAAGCGCUUCAGUCAGUCCUCACAUCUGUACAAGCACUCCAAGACGACAUGUCUGCGCUGGCAGAACAGUAACAUGUCCAGCGCCUUGCUGUAGAGCGACCUCAUACAGCAGGUGGGGGGGGGAAUGCAUGAGAAUCCGUGAUAAGUUUAAGGUCCUAUACACUCCAGUAUUUUUUAAAGUUGUGACAUGACACGAAAAAGAUCUCAUAAUCUGUUCAGUGUGAAUGAACCAGCCCAAAGAUGGACGUGUGCAUCUAAUCACGUGUUCUCAAGAACCAGUCCAUAUUUUCAAGUUUCCAUGUUGUUGUGAACACAUUAAUGCUGUAAAAAUCCAGGCCAGUCUGAACUUGUUUGUCCUCGCAAGAUUGCAACUGUGAGAAAUAAGAGGGGUCGUAGAGGGAUGGAAAAUCUCUGAUCAAUUUCCCAAACUUUCCAUGAGAAAUCAAGCUGAGACGCUUUAACAUAUUCUAAUCUGUUGUGAAAGCAUUUUUAAUAAAACUUUUGAAGUAGUUUUGACUCCCAGUUACGCAAACAAUCCCAGAUGUGUUGUUCUCCACACAUCCAGGAUGCGGUUAGAUAAUUGAUUGGAAUAUUCUGCAUUAGUUCAAAUAAUUUACAAUUGAUGCCACACGAACGAAUAUAAAGAACGCACAGUAAAGAGUCAGAUAUCAUC